GGCGGGGCCAGAGAGAGGAGGAACCUGUUUGUGUGACUUGGACUCAGCCCUUCAGGACCAGAAGAGAAAAGAACAGGAUGAGUGGCUCGAGCUUCACUGCAGGUGCUCCUGGUGAGGUGUGACCUGUAACCCCUCACCAUCAGAUUCACCUGUCUAACUACCUGAGGGGGUGUGGUCUGAGGAGCCAAGGGUCAUCCCCAAUGGCGGCAACAUCCUCCGUGUUUGGCAAAGGGCUUGGUCUGAUCCUGGUGGAGUUUGAGUAUGAGUACCAGGGUCGGGACGGGGUGCUGGUCUCCAUCAAACCCAAUGAGCGAUAUGUACUGCUGGCAAAGACCAAUGACCACUGGUGGCAAGUUCAGCGUGACAGCAGCUCGAAGCCAUUUUACAUCCCUGCCAAGUACGUCAAGGAGCUGCCGAUGGAUUUCCCCUCCCCCUUGGAUUUUGAUGAUCCAACCAGCGCUGAGCCAGUGUCGGUUCCUGUGGCUGCCCCAGUCCCUGUGCCCAUUCCCGUUCCAAAGACGCUGGAGGAACCCAAUGGGAACAGAAUCAAACAAGGGGAUGAGGUGACAAUCCGGCUCAAACCAGAUGCAUCUACUGGGUACCGUAAGACUGAGAACCGCAUGUCGACAUUUGGCGUCCCGUUGGAUUUUCAUGACCUGUCGCAGCUGGUUAAGACCAGCAACCCUGUUGGUGGUCCUGCAGAGACUGGGAUCGCCACAACCAGCAGGAAUACAUACAUCACCAAAGGUGGUCUGAGCAAAAAACAGCCCCAUCUGCCGGGGUGUCUGGAUGACCACAAGGACUCUGUAAAACCACGACUUCCCACCUUCAGUCCAGCAGACCCGCUCUCUGCAUCACGGCCCCAGAACCAAGCCAUACCGGUAGAGAUGCCAGUGGUCCCUGUGGUCCCCAUAGUCCCCCCCAAUGAUGAUAUCCAAAGCACAUGCUCAUUGUCAGAAAUUUGCCCUGACCACCAGGAUUCCCUGAUGGAGCCUGAGGAGGAGGAAGAGGAGGAGAUGAGCGUGGAGGAGAGCAGUAAGGAGGAGGAGGAUUUACUGAAGGAGCAAGAUUCAAACCACAUUUAUGAGUCCAUUCAAGACCUGAACCUGGACCCGGAGGUUCUAGUUAGAGAAAGAGUGAGUCCUGGACCUGGUCCUGAACUUGCAGCUGCCCCAGCUCCCACACAGGACCACAGCUCGCUCGGCCAUAUCUCACCCAUCUAUGCAAACAUCUCUGUGAAGAAAACGUCUCACGACUCUGACGACUUCCUUAUUCCGCCGCCUCCAACCGAGCCCGCCCCCUUCCCUACAGGCCACACCCCUUCUCCUUCUUCAGUUUCUUCUUCUGAUAUAAAAAGCCCCGCCUCCCCCAUCAGCCUGCAGGAUGAGUGGCAGGUUCACACGGACCACGACAGCGGGAGGAGGUUUUAUUUCCAUCCUGUGACGAGACAAACAACCUGGACCGACCCCCACAGCCCCACAGCGCCCCCUGCUGCACUGGCCUCCCCUUCACCGCUGCUCCCCCCCGCCUCCUCUCAGGAUGCUUGUUGUUGGGAGCAGCUACUGGACGAAGCCUCUGGGAGAUUUUACUACUUCAACCCAAUCACACGAGCCACAUCCUGGACUGCACCUGAGCCCCUCUCCCCCUCCUCCCCCCUUUGGUCGCACAGCAGGGAGCAUGAUGACAGCCCGCCUCCACUGCCAGAGGAAGAUUAUCCUGUAGAGGGAGCUAAUGACACUGUGUUUACAACGAAUCCUCAGCAGGCUGUGGGUCUGGUUCCCAGAGUUCAGAUGGAGUUGAUAGAUGGAAGCUCCUCCCAGUUGAGGAUGCAGGAGCCACAAAGGACGACAGGAAACGGAGUUUCUGAGGAGGGAGCGUCUCUGCAGACGUUUGCUCUCGGUCACAGGAGAAACGUGUCUGACCUCACGGAGGUGAUGAAUAGAAGACUCUCGCCUGACGGUUCACAGUUCUCUGAUAGGCACAGACUGAAGAGGAAUCUGUCCAAUCGGAGCACAGACUCCCACCAGCUGCAUGGCCAUCAGCUGGAGAAAGCAGGAAUCAUCAAUAAGACCAAAGUAGUUGAUAACGGCAAAAGGAUCAGGAAGAACUGGAGUCAGUCCUGGACCGUCCUGCAUGGUGGGAUCCUCACCUUCCACAGAGACCCCAAGUCUGCUCCAACUGGGAACGCUAGUAAAGCGUCACAGAUUGUUCCAGAGUACACGGUGGACCUGAGAGGUUCUUCAGUCAGCUGGGCGGCCAAAGACAAGUCCUCCAAGAAGAACGUUGUGGAGCUAAAGACUCGGCAGGGUUGUGAGUUCCUGAUGCAGUACGACACCGAGAGCAUCAUCAGUGACUGGCUCAAAGUGAUCCAGGACGCCGUCAGACAACUGGAACACGAUGUGGUGACGGAGGACGAGGACGACGCAGCGUCGGACAGAGAAGACAAAGAGCGCAGGAAGACGUCCUCAACGAGUUCAUCAGGGGUUGACUCUGAGCAGACACGAGUUCGGACCAAACUCAGACGCUUCCUCCAGCGUCGGCCGACGCUGCAAAGCGUCAAAGAGAAAGGAUACAUCAGAGAUAAUGUGUUCGGAUGUCACCUGGACACACUGUGUCACAGAGAAAACACAACCAUCCCCACAUUUCUACAGAAGUGUAUCAGAGUGGUAGAACGGAGAGGUCUGGACGUUGACGGUAUCUACAGAGUCAGUGGAAACUUGGCUGUGAUCCAGAAACUACGACAUAAAGCUGAUCACGAGGAGCAGCUGGACCUAGACGAUGGACUGUGGCAGGAGAUCCACGUGAUCACCGGAGCUCUGAAACUUUUCUUGCGGGAGCUUCCAGAGCCACUGUUUCCCUUCAGCUGCUUCGACAAGUUCAUCGCUGCUAUCCAAGUUCCAGACCACAGUCUGAGAGUGUCCUACAUGAAGGACCUGGUUCGAUCGCUGCCUCUGCCAAAUCACGACACCAUGGAGCUGCUGUUCAAACACCUGCACAAGGUGACGGAGCACAGGGACUCCAACAGGAUGUCGGUUCAAAGCGUCGCCAUUGUGUUCGGACCCACGUUGCUCCGCCCACAGACCGAGUCCCCCAACAUGACGAUCAACAUGGUUUUCCAGAGCCAGAUUGUAGAGCUCAUGCUCAAUGAGUUUCAGUUUGUCUUUUCCCAGACGUAGGAAGAACCUACUGUUGAAUUUAAAAGAACCAUUAGAGAACCUCUGGGGGGCGCCAGAGCACCAUGAGAAAUGCCAAUAAUCUUCUGAAGUGACAGAGAAGCUCCUACACCUCCUGUCACAUGUUACUAAGCAAAGAGACUUAGGGUUAGGGACUUCUACAAAACUCUGGAUCUGUGUAGAUAAACAUCAUCAUCUCACUCUAUCAAGAUCAUCUGCCACAUUCUGACCCUCCCUAAGCUCUGUGACUUGAAUGAUACAGGUAGAGCCUGAUAAAACCCUGGAUCAGUCUGGACCCAGCUGGGCUUCUCAUACAAAGACCAAACCGCUCAUUUAAAUCCCCAAAUAUCUCACUUUAAAACAAAAUAUCCAAAUUUAUAUAAAACUUCACAAACACCCUCCUUCUAUUUUUUUAAACAGAGCAGCGCUAAACCUCCUGAGAUUUCUCAAUUGGUGCAAGAAUAAAUUCAACCUAGUUUCAAAACCUUCACAGGACACACCUCUCUGACCACACGGUCCAGAAGGAUUCAGGGAGAACUUUGACUUCACUUCAGCCUGUACAACCUGCACCUUAAAACCCAAAGAAAAAACUACAUGUAAAAUUUCAAGUCUCACUCAAGACCUCGUACAACUCACAAAAUCUCCUAUUAGUAACGAAUUUCUGACAUUUAACUUUAAUGGAAACUGAAAACCACAUGAAUAUAAUGUUCUAGAACCUUGAACAGAACGUCAGGAUUGUUCAAACCUUGUGUGGUUCAGAGCUUCUGACUCCUCAGUUCAGUCGGAACCUAAACAUCAGGUGUGAAAGGUUCCUCAGAGUAGAAAAGGAGUUCUGAGUCUGGAGCAAACUGAACCAGGAUCUGUUGGUUUGCAGUGAAAACACUUUGUUGCAUAGUUUAGACUUUUGUACCAAUCAGUGGGAGGUAAAGACAGAAUUAAACAGUAGAAGAAGAAGAGGAAGAAGAAGAGGAAGAAGAAGAAGAAGAGGAAGCAGCUGAAGUCUUCAACUCCGACGAUAUAAUGUUUGAACCACGAGGACGUUCAUUUGAGAAAGUGUGUAGUACUGUAGUACUGUGGAGUACUGUAGUACUGCACCUGAAUGUGCUGAUACUGCUUGUGAUACAUCAUGAUUUUACCAUGGCAACCAGAUGACCUGCCCAACUGACCACACGCCCAGCUACAGACCAAUCAGAGUCAAGUAUAGGUAGACUCCGCCCACGUAGGUGAUGACGACAGGACGUACGCAUGUCAGACAAAAUGUAGUCCCUAAAUUACAACGUGAAACCAGAACUAACAGAUCAAUUGAAACUAUGGAACAAACACAUGAAGCUUCAGAACAUGAGACACAAACUCUCAUCAAAAUGUUUCCAGGGAUUGAACCUGGAGCCACCAAGACGAGCCGCAGUGGACCAACAAGCCCGGACUCCGUCUCUCCCAAAGAGAUUUGCUUGUUGGAAUCUAAAAAACACAAAGUGUUUCGUCUCUAUUGGGUGAAAUGUCUCAUGAGCUUAAACAUGAGACAUGGGUUAGAAACAUCUCACUCAGGUGAAGACCUGAACUUCCACUCAUUGUGACCAUGAACAACUGUCUCAGUUCAUCUACUGGAUUUCUGAAGUCUUGUUUUUUCUCAACGUUAUUUUUGACCUGAUCUUUGGAAAAUGGCGUCACAACAGGAGGUGGACCCUGGUGUGACUGGAAACAUGUCAUGACUGGAAUCGUGACAUGUUUCCAGUCAUGAUGUUGAGAAGAAAGUGAUCCUAAUUUUAAAUAAAUAAUUGAAUUUAUUACAUAGGGGACAAUUAAAAUAUUAUAAGCAAGCACAUUUUUUAUUUAUAAACGCUUGUCCUGUACUGUCACUAUGGUUAUAAUGAAGUCGGGAGCAAUAAUUAAAUUAUCAAAGAGCUAGAUGAAUAUUUCAUUGAACACCUCAAACUGUGACAUUCAUCUUGUUUAAUGAUCGCGUCUCAAUCAUCAAAUUGAUUCAUUCUUUAGAAUCUUUUAUCCAAAGUGAAAAAUCAAUCAAUCAGAACAUGGACUUGCUCGGGAGUCUCAGUCAGAGAAAACAAUCUCGAGUUCUGUGUGACAUUUACUGAUUCUGGUAAAUUACACAUUUAUACAAAUAAUAUUUUUUACAUGAAACCUUCAUUUUUUUAACACUGGGUCAAAAUGUUACUCUGGAUGUGACACUGAUGUUUUUGGAGAGUCAUCACAUUGACGAGAUAUUACGUCAUCAAAGUACAACCUAAACAACUUACAAACUGUUUCCUGUCUUUGUGCUAAGCUAGGCUAAAUGCUACCUGGAUCUAUCUGAAGAAAGUCUUGAGGAGUUUUCUGUAAAUCUUAAUGAGGUCUAUUGGAAAGUUUAGAGGACCUAGGAUGUUUCCCUGAGGGACUUACAGAACCACCAGGUUCGGAUGAAACGUUUAAGGAUGAAUGUGCUGUUACGACACAUCUGCACAAUGCUGUGUGUUUUGAUAGUAUUAAGUUAAUAUAUGUAUUCAAAGAUGCAGAACAAAGUUAAGAUGAACAGAUUAAACUCUGUAUAUAAAAGGUAUUUUACUAAUUUUAAUAAAAACUGAUCAUUGUGACACUU